UUUUUUUGAAAAUAUGUUAAAAUAUUUAUUUGAUCUUCAUAAGCUAUUUAUAUAAUAAUCUUUUUAUCAUUAGUUAGUAAAUUAUUUAUAAAUAAAACAAAAGCUAAUAAAUUAUAAAAAAAUGAUGAAAAUCUUAGGUUUAUUUAAAAAAUUAGUUGCUCCACGAACUAUAUUUUAAAUUAAUUAUAAAUAAAAGUAUUUUUUUAAUAAAACUGCUUAUGUUUUUUUACCUUCUUUAGAAAUACUUAAAAAAACUGAUAUUAAGAACCCGAUAGAAUUAUUUCAAAUGGCUAAUAUUUACGCUGGUGGAGGUUAAAUAAAUGAAGCUAAAUACUGCUUAGAGAGCAUAUAAAGGCUUAGUAAUUAGGAUUUUGAAGCAUAUUAUAGGAUCGCAGCAGUAUAUUUUAAUAUGAAUAUGAUAGAGGAGUCAAAAAGCUGCUUAUUGAAGGCUUUAGAAAUUAAUCCUUAAUUUGAAAAUGCUCAUACAUCCUUAGGAUAUUUAUAUAAAAAAAUUGGGAAACCACAGAAAGCAAAAGAGUGUAUUUUAAAAGCUUUAGAAAUAAAUCCUAAGUCUGUUUUUAGUCUUUUAGAGUUAGGAUAUCUAUAUGAAGAUAUGAAUAUGUAAGAUGAACAAAAAUAAACUUAUAUGAAAAUUUUAUAAAUAGAACCUAAAAAUUUUGAAGCAUAAUACGGGCUAGGACUUUACUAUUUUAAAUAAAAUAUGCUUUAAGAAGCAAGACAUUGGUUUUUGUAAGUGUUAGAAAUAAAUCCUAAUUUUAAAUCCGUUGUAUAUAAUUUAGGAAUUAUUUCUGAAAAAUUAGGAGAGUAUGAAAAUGCAAAAUAGUUCUACUAGAAAGCAAUACAAUUAAAUCCUUAAGAUGCAAAUACUUAUUUUAAUUUAGGUGUUACUUAUGAAAAAAUGAAGAAUGUAGAAGAAGCGAGAAAAUGCUAUUUAAAAGUUUAACAAUUAGAACCUAAAUCAAUAUAUGCUCUUAAUAAUUUAGGAGCAAUAUAUUUUGAUUUAGGAUAAUUCUAAGAAGCUUAAAAAUGCUUCGAGGAUAUUAUAAAAAUUGAUCCUUAAAAUUUUGGUGCUUAUUAUAAUUUAUCAGCAAUUUACAUUAAAAAAGGAAAUAUUGAAGAAUCAAUUUAAUGCCUUUAGAAAACAAUAUAAAUUAAUCCUGAAUAUAUUAAUGCUCAUAAAUAAUUAGGAUAAAUAUUUUACACAAAGGGGUAAUUUGACGAAGCAAUAUAGUGUUAUCAAUAAGCAAUAAAAAUUAAUUCUUAAGAUUCUGAUUCCUAUUUCAUGAUAGCAAAUACCUAUAAUCUAAUGGGAAAUUAGAAAGAAGCAAAAUUCUACUAAGAAAAAGGUGAAUAAAUUAACCCUGAAUUAUAUAAAGAUUAAUUGUGAUAAUAUAAUAUAUAUAUUAUUGAUUAUUAAGCUCAUUUAUUGAUUUUUUAUUGUAUAAUUAAGUUUUAAAUCAAAAUAUAUUUAUUUACUCGAUCCAACUCCUAAUAAAUUCUUAUAAAAGAUUAUAUAGUAUAUUUUGUAAAAAAUAUUGAAAAAUCU